GAGCUCUCGUCAAACCCAUUUUCAUUCUCGCUCGGAAAAUCCCUCUUAAGGUUGUUACAGAUAACUGCCAUGCAUCUAAUUUCAAAGGUCUCAGGAAGAUUAAAGAAUAUUUGAAAUCUCAAGAACUUGGGAUGUUGGCCAUUGAAGCGUGAGACAGCCAAAGCAAUCUGAGCUUCGAAGUAGCUGCGUAGCACAAGGUUGUAAACCAGAUUUUUACAAUGCAACGUUUAUCAACAAGAAGAUUGGGGUCUAUAGCAUCUUCAGUGGCUACUCUGUUAAAUUGUAGCACUUCUUCAAUUCAUAAAAUUCCUUUUAGCAGCUUCACUCAGCAGACGAAUCUACAGCAAUUGAAGAAAUUGGUGAUUCCAGGUGAUUUCCUGAAGUGGGGUUCACUUGGUUUCUGUAGAAACUCGAGAUUUGCUACUGGGUUUACACCUCUGCAAGACAAACCACUGGACUCAAUCAUGGACAUUGAGAGGGCGAAGAACUGGUCACCUGAGGAUCUCACUUCAAUCUGGGAUGAUUACCACUUGGGGAGAGGCCAUAUUGGUACAGCCAUGAAAGCAAAAUUGUAUCAUUUGAUGGAGCAAAGAGCAAAUCCUUGGCGGCAUUUUGUCAUUCCUCUGUGGAAAGGAAGUGGUUUUACAACUAUGUUUGUUCAAGUGCAGUUGCCCCACAUACUUUUCACUGGCCUUGAGGAUUACAAGGCAAGAGGAACUCAAGCAGCUCCCUACUUCACAGCGACUCAUUACACUGAAUUUGCUGACAGCAAAGAUUUGGUGCUUAUCCAUGGGGAUGUAGUGUUCACCAGCAAGCUCAGUGAUUCAGAAGCAAAGUGGCUUUUGGAGACCACACAAUCUUUCUAUCUGAAUGAUGUUAGGUACAAACUGGUUGAAAGGUUCAACAGAGACACUCAUGAAUUUGAGUUCAAUGAUGUGCUACGAGCAUUGGAGAUGCCCCUCGUGUGACGGCAAGUUAAGCUGCGUUUUUUUUUUUCUGAAGCAUAUGGAUCAUUUCUUUGCACCAGUAAAUCUUUGGGAUGAAAUUUUGUACAGACAAAGGUAUUUGCCCUUGACUUCAUGUUUUAUCUAGACCUGACAUUGGAACUUCGGCAAUUGUGAAUUGACUGCAUAAUGAUCCAAGUGAGGUAUCAGUUUAUAAUGAGCACUAAUGGGUUUGUUCAGUAAA